CGUAUUUCCUGUCGGACUGUUUUUAUGGAUGGACCAGAGCGCACCUUGAACUCUUGCAUUAGAUUCACCCUCCUCUCUUCUCCUCUUCUCCUCUCUUCUCCUCUCCUCCUCUCCUCUCCUCCUCUCCUCUCCUCUCUGUUCUCCUCCUCUCUGUUCUGUUCUGUUCGUUUGCAGUAAUAGAUACUUGUAUUAAAGAUGUAUUUACUGCGCCAGUGCGUCAGUUCGCGUUUUAACUUCAGGUUGUUACACGUUAGCUCAUCAAGUUCAUCACAUGACGACAGAACCAGAACCAGAACCAGAACCAGCUUCAGGUGCUACUCCAGUUCUGCUGGGACGGAACCGGUCCGGAUCGGCUGUGCCUCCGGGUUCUGGGGGGACACAGCCACCUCAGUGCCUCAGCUGGUGUACGGGGGGAAGCUGGACUUCCUGGUGUUUGACUACCUCAGUGAGAUCACCAUGUCUCUGCUCACCGCCGCCAAGACCAAGAUGCCUAAUCUGGGUUAUGCUCCAGACUUUGUCCACGUGGCUCUCGCUCCGUUCAUCAAUGACAUCCACAGGAAAGGUAUCCGGGUGGUCAGUAACGCCGGAGGUGUCAACCCUCUUGCCUGUGCUGAGGCCAUACAGGAAGUCAUCAAGAAGGCUGGUCUGGACCUCAAGGUCGCCGUGGUGACCGGUGAUGACCUCAUGCCCCAUAGAAGCAGCCUCUCUGAAGUAAAGAUGGCGGAUUCCGGCAGCAGACAACAGUUACCUAAAUCUCUCCACAGUAUGAACGCUUACCUCGGGGCUCUUCCUAUCCGCCGCUGUCUGGACCUCGGUGCUGACAUCGUGGUGACGGGCCGCUGUGUGGACAGCGCCGUGGCUCUGGGGCCUCUCAUGCACACCUUUGGAUGGAAGAGGACCGACUACGACCUGCUGGCAGCUGGGAGUCUUGCAGGUCACCUGAUCGAGUGUGGAGCUCAGAGUACAGGCGGCGUCUUCACCGACUGGCACAAAGUUCCUGACUGGGACAACAUGGGUUUCCCGGUGGUGGAGUGUUCCAGCGACGGCUCCUUCCUUCUCUCCAAACCGCCCAAGACCGGCGGCCUCGUCUCCUUCGGCACGGUGGCGGAGCAGCUGGUGUACGAGAUCGGCGACCCGCGGCGAUACCUGCUGCCCGACGUCAUCUGUGACUUCAGCCAGGUGGUCAUCGAGGAAGUACCAGGUGUAGACGGAGGUGCUGUCAGAGUGACGGGGGCUAAAGGCGCCGCUCCGUCACACGACUACAAGGUGUGCGCCACCUACAUGGACGGUUACAGGGCGACGGCAGUGUGUCCGGUCGGAGGUCCGAGAGCGGCAGAUAAGGCCCGACGGACCGCAGACAGCAUCGUCAAACGGACGAAGCGUAUACUCAAACAGUUAAAGCUGGAAGAUUUCAGCUCUGUUAACGUCCAGAUCCUCGGAGCCGAGGACACCUAUGGUCCCAACGCUCGCAGCAAGGGCUCCAGAGAGGCAGUGAUCUGGAUGGCCGCCCACCACAAACAGAAGAAAGCUCUUGAGCUCUUCGCCAGAGAAAUCGCUCCAGCAGGGACCGGCAUGGCUCCCGGACUGACCGGCAUCGCAGGCGGACGACCCCGAGUGUCUCCUGUCCUGAAGCCGUUUUUCUUCUUACACCCCAAAUCUGAGCUGAAGGUGGACGUCCAUGUCGGUGGAGAGCUGGCGGAGUCUUUCACGGAGGCGGGGCCAGACACACCUGAGCAGGAAGCCCCUCCCACCUCAGCACAGGACCAACCUGACGCAGAACUGCCCGGUGGACCACACAGCUACAGACUGGAGGAGCUGGCCUUCACCAGGAGUGGAGACAAAGGAGACUCGGCUAACAUCGGAGUGAUAGCUCGUCAUCCCCUCUUCUUCCCCUACUUGAAGAAACACCUGACUUCUUCUGUGGUGGAGGAAUACUUCUCCCACCUCAUCCAGCCAGGAGCGAACGACGCCGUCACACGAUACACUCUGCCGGGGAUCCACGGACUCAACUUCGUCCUGCAGAGUUCACUGGGAGGGGGAGGGGUGGCGUCUCUACGCAGCGACCCACAGGGUAAAGCUUACGGUCAGAUGCUGCUGGACCUGAAGCUGAAAGGACUGCCUGACCUGAAAUCACUGGUGAACUGAGACAGAGUGAGUUAAUGAGGGCGGGAGCUGUGGGAGCUGGAGACCAUAAAAACAUUUAACAACAAGGAAUGAAAAGUGAAAGUGAACCGGUGAGACCUUUUACUUCAACAGAAACACAGACGGAUCAUUUAUGCAUCAUGUAGAAGAUAUUUAUUAGGACGUCGGGUCAUGUCCUCAAAACCUGACGAACACAAGAUUACAGUAACCGUUGAAGUUCUGUUCCACGCCGAGAGUCAAGUCUGUUUUACUCAUGCAGCCCACGACCACAGAUUAGCCUCAAUAAUAUGAGAUUUAGCUCAGAUUCACACUGCAAACCAAAAGAGAGCUUAGUCGAUUUCUUUAGUCGAUUAGUCAACUACUCAGUUGUUUUGUAAUGUAAUAUCCACUACAAGUGAAGACAGUUCCUGUUUUCCAUACGACCUCCUCUGUUUGUCAGUAAUAUGAAAUACAACAUGAACAUCCUGAAAUUACGGGGAGCUCAUGUUAAAGGGUCGAGUAAAAAGAGGUUUUCUAUCCUGAAAGCUCGGGCCGGUUGUGGGUGAAGGGAACAUUUUUGGGGGUAAAUGUCGACGUUGCCCCUCAAAGUCUGGACUCGGGCUCCAUACCGGCUUCAGGGGAGCUGACCUCUGACUUCCUUAAAAAGGAGGAGCGGUGGUUUGGGUUUCCUUCGGAGGGUAAACAAAGUAUCCGGAGUAAGAGACGCUCUAGUGAGACAUCAGAGGAGACGCCGGCCUCAGGUUCGAACAGGCAGGACGCCUGGUUUCCCCCGGCCCAUUCACCUCAACUCGACCCGGCUCCGAUGUUCACCGCCCCACAGGAAUGUGCGUCUCCUUCCACCAAACCGGCUCUCUGGCUUCCAGUCUGUUUAUCCAUAAUUGCAAACAGACUGAAGCUGCAGUCAGAGUCGCUCCACAGCUUCCGUCGUGGCUGAAAACUCAUCUCACCCACCUCCUCUGAAUCAUUUCGCCCUCUCCCAAAUGUUCCUCCUCAUGCUGCUGCAGUUUGCUCUCAUCAGUCAAGAAGAAAUCCGACUCUCUUUGGAUCUCCAGCUCGUUCCUGCGUGACGACCAUUUUGAGUUCCAGGAAAACUGCCGUUGAGCCACCGUUGCUCCGACCCUUCACCUUGACCUCUUUAGGACUUUGGGAAGCUGCUGAUUUCUGUUUAUUUCUUGCUGUUGGAUUUGUGAGCCUCUGCUAAAUGCUAGAAAGUAUUUUCCUCAAGCGCUUGAGCCCAAACUCAGAACAGAACCACAUCAGACAGUCUGCCUGGAACAAUAACCAAACAAUGGUCUUCUAAACAGACGUACAAAGAGUUACACGCCAUUAAACCAGAAUAAAUGACAGCAACACAAAUCCUUCCAGACGUGAAUUGAAAGCAGAGUUGCAAGAGUAUAAAUCAGACCAAUAAAACCAAUCACAUGGGAAAAAUAAAAGUAUAUCAGCGCGUCUGUGGGAUUUUAUAGACGACACUGAAGUGGUCAGAUUUGCAGAGCGAGGUGUUAAAAUCAAGGCUGUAAAUUCCAGCUCAUUUCCUGUUUUUAUAAAACCCCCAAAUUAAAAAAAAGAAGCAAGCCGUGAUGUCAUGUGGAAACGCACUCACAUCUUCAUGAAGUUUGAGAGCAAAGCUUUCGGAUUCACACAUCUGUCCUGCAUAUUGCAGCCUCCCACGACUCCGACCGUGUGAUUCCCAAGAAAUAUUUUUGCGUUCAUUAGUUGGUGAAACACGUCAACGCUUUCCAGCUAAUUGUUAACGCAACCCCAAAAAUAAUGUGUCACGACUGUUUGAUGUGAUGACUACGUCGGAAAGGAUAUCCGAGAAAUUGUUAUUCAUUUUUCAAGCAUGUUUUAGUAAUUUAGGACGCUCUGCUUUGUUUUGGAUAAAUAUCAGACAUUCUUUCAGGAAAUAUUUGGGUCUAAACACAAGUUUUGAGAAUCAGAAUCAGCAGGAGUUGUUGUGGAGCCUCGCCCAGGCAUUUAACGACCGUCCCAGCCUCCUGACCUCAUCUGAAACAUCCUGAUCAUCGUUUUCAUUUCUUUAAAGUAGCAGAAGAGGCCACUCUAACCAACAUUAAGAUACGUCAACUAGUAGACUAAUGGUUUGCUCCCGAGUAACGGUUCAUGUGAUAUCUUAUUAAAAAGUUAUUUCUCCUUUUUCAUUCGUUUUCCUACGAAUGUGCAGCAACACAUGUCAAUUUCCGUUCAUUACAUGCAUAACGUCUUCUCAAAAUAAACUUCCGUCUUCACAGGAAAGAACUUCCUUAGUUUCAGGAAACAAAACUACUUAGUUAGGUUUAGUAACAGAUUGUGGUUUGGCUUAAAAUAUGUGCCUUUAUUUAAGUACACAAGUUUUGUCACAAAUAAGUCAAUGUUAACUUCUGGCCUCACACGGGGCACCAAUAAUGGUCUCCUGGGCGAAAGGACCGGUGUUUUUUGACCCACCCAUCCACCCCGACCUCCUCCUGACGUGGCAUUCACCGCUCUUUAUACUUCUUGGUUCCUGAAUACGUGAAUUACACACAAACUGAUUUUGUGGAAUAUACAGGAAUAUAGGUAUAGCUACGAACAGUGUAUGAGAACAGCUUGUUUGAGUCCAGAUUAUUUUUAGGUGUCCAAAAUCCGUUUUGCUGCUGCCCCCGUCCAAACUCUACAAUCUACUGUAGGUAAUACACCGACUAUGGAGAAGUAGCUCAUACAACCACACUGAGAAACCCCAGAACUAUCCCUUUAAAUCAACCAAUAGAGACAAAAACAAGUACCAAAUUCUUUAAGUUAAACCAGUUAAUGCUCUUGGACAGGCUUGCAAUUCUUUAAUUAAGGCGUCAACGGCAUAAUGGGUUGUAAAAUAUAUCAAAUUUUUCAACUGACAUCUGUUUUCCAGCAUCAACAACACUUCCUCUCAUGCUCUAGCUGCCAAAAACGGAGCAAACAUUAAGUUGUUUUCUGUAAGAAACAUUAACGUCAUCGCUUUCACGGAUAGAUGAAUCAAUGUUACAUGUCUGGAAAGAGCUUGUUUGAUGUUCUUACUGAUAUUUCACGUAACAUACACAUGGACGAUCAGACGUCUUCUUCUGGGGCAGCUAAGAGUUGACGUGCCUUGCUCAUGGGUGGUUUAUUAUUACUAUUAUUAUUACACCUUUAGAUGCUCCACCUCCGGCCGGGAUUUGAACCACUUAUUGUCAUUUAUCUUUUCGUGACUGAACCAAACUGUUCAAUGCAUUAUUCAAAAUAUCCGAAAACAAUGUUGUUUCUCAUUUUCUGAUGACGUUUACGGGACUCCACCAUCACUGUGUUGAUUCUGUUAACCACUUCAGUUUUAACAUUUUAUUUCUAUUUGUCAAUUAUAUGAAAUGACGGAUGAUUAAAGUCAUAGAAUCAGAAAUCUGUUGUAAUUAAAGAUCUUAGACGACUCAUGUUGUAGAAAAGCAGAAAAUCACUGAAUGCAUUUAAAGAGUGAGUUGACUUGUGUAUGAUUUUUGUAGAUACUAAACUGAAGAGAUUAAUAAUUAAAUAUUUUCAUGAACAAAG